AUUUCUACCAUGCUUAGUAUCUUUCUUUAGUCUAAUCACAGGAGUAUUCUUCUCUUUCUUUUAUCUCUUGAAUCUUCAUUUCGUACUUCACUUUAUAGUCAUUCUUGCCUCUCUUUUGGCGAUCAACUGCUCAGCUGUGAAUUCUGGUGGCGGAAGUAGUAGCCUGCGCCUGCUACGAGACUUUAGUAUAAGUGCUUCGCUUCGCCUUACUACUACUUUCACCACGGCAUUUUUGACCUGCUUCGUACCUUCGCUUUCACAACAGAAGCUUUUCCCUCUUUUCACAAGGCGAGGUCAUUUUCCCGUCGGGUUAUAUUCGCUUGGGCCUUCACCUUGUGAAGGACACAUUCGCCACCAUGCGCGAACUAGACCCGCUCAUCUCUGAAUACCGCCAUGACAGGAACCGCCCUCGGGCGCCCGAGGCACUCCUUAUGCUUCAAAAGGUAGCUUCCAUAGUCAAGCCGAUCAUGCGCCGACGACAAUGGAAGGUCGGGACGCUGGCCGAAUUGAAUCCGCAACAACGGAAUCUUCUUGGUCUCAACUACAAUCAUGGCCAGAAGAUUUGCUUACGGCUUCGUCAUGCUUCUGAUCAACGCCAAUUUCUGCCGAUGGACUCGAUCGUAGACACUAUGCUUCACGAAUUAUGUCAUAUCGUACAUGGACCGCACAAUCAGCAAUUCCAUGCUUUAUGGAACCAGCUACGAGACGAGCACCUGGAGCUUACGUUGAAGGGCUAUACAGGCGAAGGCUUCCUGUCUAAGGGUCAGCGCCUAGGCGGCCGUCAAAUGCCAGUCGAGGAAGCUCGUCGACGAGCCCGAGUCGCCGCCGAGCAAAGACGGGCUCUCUCCGCCGGCUCCGGACAGCGCUUAGGCGGCACCGGAGCGUCGCGUGGUACAGACAUGCGUCAGGUCAUUGCGGACGCGGCGCAGAAACGCCGCGAGGUGAUGAAUGGUUGCGCAUCAGGCGCCGACAACAGCGCCGAGCUGGCAGAGGAGGCGUCCAGGAAUGGUUUCCGAACGAAAGCAGAAGAGGACGAUGCGAACGAGCGAGCGAUCAUGGAGGCUGUUAUUGACUUGAUUGAGCAGGAAGAGAGGGAGAAGUAUGGCCCGUCGUAUAUCCCUCCAAGUCAGCAGAACCCUGCCGGUCCUCGUUCCACGUUAUCGCCGCCUCCGAUCCCUGAGAGUAGUCGGCCCGUUGCGUCGUCGCAUCCGCAGGCUUCGGAUGAUUUGAUAUCAGAUGAUAAGUCAUACAGUCAGCCGUGGUCCUGUCCGACAUGCACGCUUGACAAUCCUGCCGAGUUCCUUUGCUGUGAUGCUUGCGCUUCGGAGCGACCGCGACCAUCGACAAAUAGGUCCGUGUCUGAGCCUGUGAUAAUAAUGCCAAAUGCUCCAGCUGUGCAGAACAGCAGGAGUAAUAAACGACCACUUAGCCAGUCGACUUCCCAGGAUACUUCCAAGAACAAGGCACGUGCGAAGGCGCCCUCUUCCACGCGGCCACAAGAGGCGAAUAAACGGCGACUGGGCCGAACGUGCCGAGCGUGCGGCUCAUUCAUGGAAGUGGAAUGGCAAUUCUGCUCGAACUGUGGGACCUCAAAGCAGGAAUCAUGAUUUUAGCAAUAGCUUUAGAGUUCACUUAGCA